AAAAAACACAUGUUUGUUUGGCAUUUCUGAAUUCUUUUGAUAGCAGUUCCAAAGUUCAAUUAUUCAGAUAAACAGAAGAGAAGAGUAAGCGAGGAACUAGCAGUAUCACAGAUGCUGCUUUUGAAGAAGCGAGCGAAGAGAACCCCUUUCCUCUUUCUAUCUUUGAGUUUCUCAUCAACCAAACUCCGCCCAACCAAUCAAAACCCACCUAUCUUUGCUCCUUCUCAUCUCCAAAGCUACACUUCUGCCAUCCCACCAUCCAAGACCCACCUCUACUCAUCAUUCUUCUGCACCCUCAUACACCUUUACUUGGCAUGUGGCAGAUUUCUAAGCGCUUCUGAUGCCUUCUUUUCUAUGCGAAAUCACGGCCUUGUUCCUCUUUUGCCGCUUUGGAAUCGGCUUCUUUACCAAUUCAAUGCCUCAGGUUUUGUUUCUCAGGUACCUCUUCUUUACUCUGACAUGCUCACUUGUGGGGUUUUGCCCAAUGUUUUCACCCGCAACAUUUUGAUUCAUUCAUUCUGCAAAGUGGGAAACUUGAGUUCGGCUCUAGAUUUCUUGAGAAAUGGUCAAAUUGAUACUGUUUCCUAUAAUACUGUCAUAUGGGGUUUCUCUAAACAAGGAUUGGCUUAUCAGGCUUUUGGGUUUUUGUCUCAAAUGGUGAGGAGGGCCAUUUCAAUCGAUUCUUAUACUUGCAAUACACUGGUUAAUGGGUUUUGUCAAAUUGGGUCGGUAGAUUAUGCAGAAUGGGUUAUGGAUAAUUUGGUUGAUGGUGGAAUUCCUAAGGAUGUUGUAGGUUUCAACACCUUGAUUGCUGGACAUUGCAAAGCUGGACAAAUUAGUCGUGCACUUGAGUUGAUGGAGAGAAUGGGGAGUGAGAGUCUGUUUCCGGAUAUUGUUACUUAUAAUACUCUCAUUCAUGGGUCUUGCAGCACGGGUGAUUUUGUAAGGGCCAAGAGUCUUAUAGAUGAGAUGUUGAGAUCUCGGAGAUAUGAAGACAGCCCUCAUGAUGAAAGAGACGAUGACCAGAAUCAGACUGACGGUAACCCUUUGAAACCAAACCUUAUAACACACACCACACUCAUUAGUUCUUACUGUAAGCAGAAAGGACUUGAAGAGGCCCUGUCUUUGUAUGAGGAAAUGGUUAUGAAUGGCAUUUAUCCUGAUGUAGUAAUUUAUAGCUCCAUUAUAAAUGGUCUUUGCAAGCAUGGGAGGUUAUCAGAAGCCAAAGUACUUUUAAGGGAGAUGGAGAAAAUGGGUGUGGAUCCUAAUCAUGUCUCCUAUACUACCCUUGUUGAUUCCUUGUUUAAGGCAGGCUCUUUCAUGGAAGCUCUUACCCUUCAAAGCCAAAUGGUUGUUCGUGGCCUUGUUUUUGAUAUAGUAAUCUGUACUGCUUUAGUGGUUGGACUCUUUAAGGUUGGGAAAGCUGAUGAGGCUAAGACUUUUUUUCGAACAAUUUCAAAGCUUAGCCUAGUUCCAAAUUCUAUCACCUACUCUGCAUUGAUAAGUGGGCUUUGCAACUUAGGGGACAUGAAUAGUGCAGAAUCAGUACUUAAAGAAAUGGAAGAGAAACAUGUUCUCCCGAAUAUUGUUACUUAUUCUGCAAUCAUAAAUGGCUUCAUGAAGAAAGGAAAGGUUGGUGAGGCUAUGAAUUUAUUGAGGACGAUGGUGCAACAAAAUAUCCUGCCAAAUGCUUUUGUGUAUGCAGCACUAAUUGAUGGGUGCUUUAAGGCAGGUAAACAAGAAUUUGCUCUUGAUCUUUACAAGGAAAUGAAAAUGGGAGGAUUGGAGGAAAACAAUUUCAUACUUGAUACUUUUGUGAACAACAAGAAAAAGUGCAGAAGGAUGGAAGAAGCUGAAGGAUUAAUUAUGGAUAUGACUUCUGGGUUGUCUCUUGAUUGUGUUAACUACACAUCUCUAAUGGAUGGGUACUUUAAAGCACGAAAGGAGUCAAUUGCUCUUAACUUGGCCCAAGAGAUGAUGGAGAAAAAUAUAGGGUUUGAUGUUGUUGCAUACAAUGUCUUAAUGAAUGGUCUGUUGAAGCUUGGGAAAUAUGAAGCAAAAUCUGUCUGUAUUGGAAUGAAAGAGUUGGGUUUGGCUCCUGACUGUGCCACAUACAAUACCAUGAUUAAUGCAUUCUGCAGAGAGGGUGACACUGAAAAUGCUUUUAAACUCUGGCAUGAGAUGAAGUGUCAAGGGUUAAUUUCGAACUCGAUAACUUGUGACAUUCUGUUAAGAGGACUUUGUGAUAAAAAUGAGAUUGAAAAAGCACUAGAUGUCUUAGAUGGAAUGCUGGCUGUUGGUUUUCUCCUUACCUCAUUUACUCAUAGAAUUUUGCUUUAUGCUGCUUCAAAGAGUGGGAGAGCUGAUACAAUUUUGCAGAUGCAUCAUAAGCUUGUAAAUAUGGGGCUUAACCCCACUCGUGAUGUUUAUAACAAUCUCAUCACUAUCUUAUGCAGGCUAGGAAUGACCAGGAAAGCUACUUCAGUACUGAAAGAUAUGACUGGAGGAGGAUUUCUAGCAGAUACUGAUACUUACAAUGCCCUUAUAUGUGGAUAUUGCAUAAGCAGCCAUCUGAAAAGGGCUUUUGCUACAUACUCGCAAAUGUUGGCUGUGGGAGUUUCUCCAAGUAUUGAAACGUACAAUUUUCUCUUAGGGGGACUUUCAGGUGCUGGUCUGAUGACAAAGGCAGAAGAGUUAUUUGGUGAAAUGAAGAAUAGAGGCUUUGUUCCUAAUGCCUCUACAUAUGAUAUUUUGGUUUCUGGCCACGGUAAGAUUGGAAAUAAAAAGGAAGCUAUAAGACUUUAUUGUGAAAUGGUAGGGACAGGUUUUGUUCCCAGAACUAGCACCUAUAAUGUUCUUAUUAGUGAUUUUGCUAAAGUGGGAAAGAUGAGCCAAGCUAGGGAGCUUAUGAAUGAGAUGCAGACAAGGGGGACCUCUCCUAACUCUUCAACUUACAACAUACUAAUCUGUGGCUGGUGUAAGCUAUCAAAGCAUCCAGAGCUGGAGAGGAAUUUGAAAAGGUCAUAUCGGGAUGAGGCGAAAAGAUUAUUAACUGAUAUGAAUGAGAAAGGGUAUGUUCCAUGUGAAAGUACCCUUCGAUGCAUCAGUUCUACCUUUGCUAGACCAGGAAAGAAGGCUGAUGCUCGGAGGCUAUUGAAGGAACUGUACAUAAAAAAGAACAUAUGAUAGAUGGGCUGAACGAAGAAAAGAGGAAAUACCCAUCCUGGUAUAACAUGCCUUCCAAUCAAUACUGUGGCUAGUUCAAUUCUUCAGUUGGAACCAAGUCCUGAAAUGCUAUAUACAUGGUAUGCAUUCCUCAUGAGUUGAUAUUGAUGCAGAGUUUUAUGUGGUCUUCAGUCCCAUAGCCUCCAAAACCAAAUCCAAAAAGUCACAGUUAGAAUACAAAACAGCUCAACUAACACUAGCAAUUUUAGAAGACCUCCACCUGUGGGCAUAGGAUAAGAAGAAACAUACAUUCCGAAAUUCCAAUGACAGUGAAGCCCACUACACUAAAUCCCUUCCUAUUCCCAUUCCCCUUUAUGUUUCGUUCAUCUAUACUACCAAACAAUAGCAAUCACACAGCAAUUCCACAAAGUUUUUCCUUCUCACCCCCCGCCAAAUGAAAAGUGCUUCUCAGUAAACAUAGAAAUUCUCUUAUAACCUAGAAAACCGAAAAUGGAUUAUAGUUCCACAUGUUCCACACUGAGAAGAAAUUAAGAUGAAUUGGUGGAAAUUGUUCAUUGUGAAGGUUGGCCAUUCUGCAUUUGAAGAUCAAGGCAAUGGCUCUCCCAAUGAUUUCAGGAAUCUAUCUAAAGAUAUCUUUGAUAAUGAUGUAAUGACUUUAUUCUUAAAGUAAGGUUCUACAACAAGGUGAAGUACCAUCUAUGUUUCCUAAUUAUUGGCUCUUGCAUUUUUUCUUUUUUUCUUUUUGUGGAUGUUAUUUUCACUUUGGGUGGUAUGUGCAUGUUAUUGGUGGGCGUUGUUUCCAAUGGAAAUUAGAUCUUCAUCAUUUUCCGUCAGAAUUUGGUGGUCAAGAUAUCAAAGGUUUUAUCCAUCUUCAUUUUUGUUGUUGAUCUGCGUAUGUGCUUUAGAAUCUGCUCCAUGACAUAGAUUUCAUUUCAUUGGAACCAUCCUUUAUGGAAGCUGUCCAGGGAUGUGCUAAAACUGUGACAUUUCCAGCUGCAGUGGCCUGUGAAGGGUGGAAGUGGUGUUCCUCCUGGCACCAGACUUGAAUCAUGUAAGCGCUGUAAAGGGUCUGGCAUGGUCAGUUUUUCUAGGAACAGAAACCUUAUCAGUUAUUUGAUCACUAAGAAUAUCACAUCAUCUGCUGUUGUUAACUCUGAUUUUCUGCAUAUCCAGACUUUCAUGUAAACUGGCCCAAUUAGGAUGCAUACAGCUUGUUCGAAUUGUGGUUGUAACAGUAAAACUUUUUUGGUAUGGUUCGCAUCUUAUCUGGACUAAUUUUCACUACUCUACAAACAAA